GGACAGGCUUUUUUCUGGAAGGUAUGCCAGCCGAAAUCUCCACAGUCCGGCCAAGCCGACUGCUGCUACUGGCCUCUCUUGGCGCCGCCGACUUCUGCCGGCAGCAGCGGCGGCGACAGAUCGGGUUCGCAGUGCUGUCGGCUCUGACCGGAGGGCGCUGCGGCGAGUGGGUACCAGGCUCACGGCCCCAGGUGAAAGCCCAGGCUGCUCCUCUGGUUACUACUAUUUGUUCACUCUCAGGCUCGUCCCUUUUUUCUGCUGGAGCCGCCUGGGAGCCGCCAGGAGAUGGGACGUCGGCUGCUCACUCUGGCACUUUUACCCUUCUUCCUACGCUUCCGUCCUCAGCGCGGGAAAAGACAUCUACCCACCUGCUGGUCAUUCGCCAAGUGACUCGAGAAACCAGAACCCCGGGACAGCGGGAAGAAGAAGAAGAAAAAAAAAAUCCAGGAGGCGUCCACCGCUGCCACAGGUGCAGGUCAUGCAAAAAAAAAGAAGUGACCAAAUUCUUCUCUGGAACAUCUCUAGUGGAUAAAGAAAUCGCAUGGGCAAUAUCUCCAUACCUUGGGUAUUUGCUUGUGGUUUUCGGUCCUGAAAGAGAAGGAAGACGAUAAAAGAUUUGACUGAACUACAAGCAAACUCAUUCCCAUGACGGCUGAGGCAACGAGGGAGACUAAGGUGGGAGCCCGCUAUCCUUCCCGCUGGUGUGCUCAUUAAGGCUGAAUAACCCUGGCUCGAUCUGUGUCCAUCAAAGCCUCAGGUGUCGAUGCCCGACCUGGCUGACUCCUAAAUCCCCUGGUGACCUCCAAACUGCUGGGUUCUGGUCUGAGGAGGAGAGGCCUUUGUCUCUGAUGACACAACAUGUCCAGCUGCCGCUGUAAUUGUUUUCGGGACAGAUGGCCACUCUCAAUCCAGAAACACAAAGGGACGGGAGGACCGGUUUUGCUGCCUCUCUUACGACUCAUUGCCCUUCAUCCCCAACAUUCGGUGUCCAACCCAAACUGAAGAGCCUGUGUGGUCUCUAAAAUGGACUGAACGACCUUGUUUGGAAGCAAAUAAAUAAUCGGAUGCUUCCUGGGUUGAAUGACUGUCAGUGUUAGGACUGAGGCCCUUCCCAAACCAUUCGUCCGGCUCCUGUAUUGAGACUGAUGUCAACAACUGGGGCUAAUUGCUGAUGUUUCUCACAGGCUGCUUAGAUGUAGAAACAAGAGAUACUACAUGUAAUAGGAAAAGACACUUUAGGUUGCGUUAAGCAUCUUUCACAUUUGCUUUUUUUGUUGUUUUGUUUCUGUGUGCCGUUUUUCAAAGACGGGAAAACGAACAACAAACUUGUACAGUGGAGAGUCUUAAUCCAUUUUCUUAAAUGAGAACUCUAAAAAUCUCAAUCCGAUGUCUCAAAUGCUGAGUACAAGCAAGUCUAGAAGGGUUAUUUUCGAGAGAAUGGGCCGUUUGUUGAGUCAAGCCACUUCAAACUGCUCUCCAAUAUUUCAGGCAAACUGUUGUAAAGCUAAGGUCCAAAUAAACAGUGUGCAUGUUAAGGGAACAGCGGCCAGCACACAGUUCCCAGCUGCUGACUUCCCUCUUGCCCUGUGAUCCUCUCAUCUCCUCUUCCAUCGCCACCUCCUUUUCUUUGUCGUUUCCUGGCUGUCAUGUGCCUCCCCACAUCCGGCCAAGAAGUAGGUGACCCAAAUGAUUCACUUCUGGGUUUUAUUACAAAAGUCAAGAAUGCUCAAUUCUUGGGUUAAGGCACCCAACUGUAUCGUGGAACCAGGUGUAUUUCCCUCUUACCCCUCCCUGCACCUGUCGCUCACUCGGCUGAGCCUGGGAAACCUCUGCCAGAGGCUCAAGUUUGCUGAAUUACGCUUUCUUGGCACACAGCAAUAUGGCAAUGUGCGGAGCAGAAUGUACCAAACACAGCCUCAAGCUGCCAUUCUACCAGGUUCUUUGCUAGCAGUGAGAAUAAGUUGUCCCUUUACUGAAAGAAAAAAAACAACAACACAUCAAAUUAACUAGUUGCUUUCUGCAUGCAAACUGCCCCACAUUGCAAAUGACAGACACCUCUAUUAAACGGUUUUUCAAAAUUUCAUGCAAAAAAAAAAAAUCUCAAAUCCCCUUGUGUGCUUUUUAUAGUGAACAGUCACCCAAACAAAAUAAUCCUUGACACCAUUCACAGCUGUGCAGCUGCUACUCCCCAUUAUAGUUGCUGGGGGAUAUUUAUGAACUCAGUAGUUCUAAAAUAUGGAUGUUUGCCUAUUCCCAGUGUGAACCUAAGUUCAUUCCUUGUCUCCUGUGUAAGUGGGGAUAGUGAUUUUCAAAUUCUACAAUUGGACCUCAUAUCUGUGUGUUGGGAAGACCGCCUUAUACCAAGUCUAUGUCACUAUAGCCCCUUCCCAGAAUGGAACGCCAGAGUACAUGUGACAAUGAAAACACCUCUAUCAGCCACCACGUGCUCUGGGAAGAGAGACUGUCAUGCUUGUAUGUAAGCAUUAAUAUAUUCCUGAAAGACAGCUCAGCAUGAAAUGACACAUCCCAUUUGAUCUCAGCUCUAUUUUAAUGCAAUAAAAUUAUUCUCAGACACAUUGUUUUAAACAGUUAUUUCUUUCCUUCCUU